AUGACCACUCGCUCCAAAGUUGGUAUUUUCAAGCCAAAAACCUUCCUAGCCGCUACUUCAAAUCACACCAAUAACCCUGACUCUUUACCUGAAUCCCUUGACCAAGCUUUAAGCUCACCAAAGUGGUUAUUGGCUAUGAAUGAAGAGAACACAGCACUCAUCAAUAACAAAACCUGGCUUCUUGUUCCACGUCAACCACAUAUGCAUAUUGUCGAUAACAAAUGGGUUUACCGAAUUAAGUACAAUCCUGAUGGCUCAAUCAAUCGGUACAAAGCGUGUCUUGUUGCAAAGGGGUUCCAACAACAACCUGGUAUUGACUUCUUUGAAACUUUUAGCCUGGUUGUUAAACCUUAUACUAUUCGUGUUGUUCUUUCUCUGGAAGUCACAUUUAAUUGGGAUAUUCAAUAA